AGGUUGAACACGUUGUUCGGAUCGGUUGGAGAUCUUGAGCUCUCUCUCUCUACACACAGUGAAUUUCUCGAGUGAUGUUGCAUUCGCCAGCAGCACUCAAAAGAAAAACUCUCGUGAAGACAGGAGGUGAAAUAUAGUUUUCCCAUAAAACAAUUCAAGCGUUAAUAUUGCAUUUCCUCAAGAAGAGCACGUCAAUCAAUACUCGCGAACAGGCUUGACGUAUAUGAAAAAAGUAAAAUCUGUGUCGGUUUUCUGAUAGGAAAUAGCAAGCAGAAUGUCUUGAUAAGUGCGUUGAUUUCAGAAAGUGACUGAAACAUUGUGAUAUUGCUAUGAAUGAGGAGUGAUUAAUUUGUUUUCUGUACAAAUCAGCAAUUUUUUCAUUGAGAUAGAAAACAUGAUCGUUGGAAAAAUGUCCAAACAAUUACUAUUUGGUGUCAUUCUGACUGUUUGCCUGAGUCAAUAUUGCGCCACGGCAGUGCUUCAGUGCGAGAGAAUUGCAGCUCCAAUAUGUCAGGGGCUAGGCUACAACCUCACUGCCAUGCCAAAUUUGGCGGGUCACACAGCUCAACACGAGGCCGAAGCUAUGAUGACCGAAUUGGAGCCAAUAUUGGAAUCCAGAUGCUCAAAGCAGGCAAAAUUCCUCUUCUGUGCCACAAUGUUUCCGCUCUGCUCACCGGAAGUGCCUCGUCCAGUUCCAGCUUGCAGGAAUCUCUGUGAAACUGUGAGGAGCGACUGUUCCGAGAUCCCUGGAGUGUGGCCAAAAUUCCUGGACUGUGACAGUUUACCGCAGCCCGGAAACAACGAACUUUGCAUGCAGAUUCCGCAAGAUCGUGAUGUGGAGCAGCCACCGUCUUCGCACCAGGCACCAAAUUUGUGGCCAUGGCUGAAUCUGAAGAUGCCCAGCACUCAUCUCUUCAAGUUGCCCUCAGUAGCGACAUGUCCCGUGAACUUUACGCUCUCGUUGGACGAGUGCGUGCCACUCUGCCGUGCCGAUGCCAUGUUCACGACUCGCCAGAAGAAGGCGGCUGAGACAUGGAUUCUGGUUUUGGCGGCAAUUUGCUUCCUCUUCACGCUGUUCUCUCUGGUCACUUUCUGGACGGAGACCACGAGAUUCGGCUUCCCGGAGCGGCCGGUGCUCUUCCUCACGCUGUGCUACAACCUCCUCAGCAUCUGCUACCUCGAGAGAAUCGUCUUCCACAACCGCGGUCUCGAGAUCUUCGACGGGGACGUGAGCAGCAGUGUGUGCGAGGUGAAUCCGCCUUGUCUCGCCUCGUACAUCACCACGAGUUACUUGACUCUGAGCGCUGCCUCGUGGUGGCUCAUUUUCGGCCUGUGCUGGUAUCUCAGCACGGAGAAACAGUGGUCUUCAGAGGCACUGGAGCGCAAGUCUGGCGUGUUCCAUGUGCUGGCAUGGGUACCACCCUUGGCUCCGCCGAUUGCCGCUCUUCUCUGGGGCGCUGUGCGGCCGCACGAGCUCACAGGCAUGUGCACGGCUCCGGGCUUCACGGAGAUUCCCGCUCUCGUGCUCCUCCUCAUGGGCACAGUGCUGAUCAUCCUAUCGGCGGUGUCACUCCACAGGCUGCAACACUCGUGCCACUACGAGAAGCUGCAGCAAAUGAUGACACGCAUCCUCAUCUUCGGAGGCGUGUACUUCUUGCCCGCCACACUGGCCGUUGUGCUGGCAUUCUUUGAGCAACGUGAGCCUCCUGUGAAAAUCUGCCAGCCAGGCGACGCCUGCGCCCCACCCGAGAAGGCUUCGGCCGCCGUGAGCCUCACUCGGCUCUUCUUCAUCCUGUUCGGCGGGUCACUGACUGGCAUUUGGGUAUGGUCGCGGAAGACGUGCAACUCAUGCCGGAGUCGCAUCUCAGCUACUCCGGCGCCCUCCUGCGUGGUCAUCAAAUCUACCACGGCAUCGUCAUUACCAAAAUACAAGUCCAAGCACGGAUCAAUAGCAUCGGCCAGUGUGACGGCACCUUUGUUCUCUGUGCCACACCAAACCGCCUCAAUUAGUGUUCAUUCGCGUGUUUAGAACGCCAUCAAGGGGUGUCCGUUGAUAUAUGGAGAACGUGAGAGAGAGAAAUGUGUGAAUUGCGCCCAAUUGUGUAAAUUGUUGUAUGCCAAUACUCUGAGGUUGAAGUGAAUGCUCAGGAGAUUUCUUAUCACUUCAUUAGAGUGGUGCAUAUGGACUACAAAAACAGUGAUUUUUAUAUGUAUAAAUAAAGAUGAACCGAUAGUGAAGCAAGAUGAAACUGACACAGAAGUGAAGGGAAAUGUGAAUAUUAGUUAUGUAGAGGGAAGAGAAUCAUGCAAAUGAGACAUUCAUUUGUAUUCUUUUCGACAGUACACUUAAUAAUAUAAAUUUGGUGAAUAUAUAAUAUAUUCUUGAAAGUCCCAAAUAAUAUACUACAAAGUACAGUAUUUGCGUACUUGCGAGAAUACGAAAUUUUUCGUCAGACGAAGCUUUAAUUAAUAUUUAUUUAUUUGAUGAAUUAUUGUUAAUUUCUUUUAUAUAUUCGCAACUGAUGAUACUUGAUGUAAAUAUCGACACCAUGUGAAUUUUUGCUGUAUAGUCUUUAAGUGAGAAAUGGAGAGAAAAAAUGAUCGAGAAAUUCUAUGAAUA